GGGGCAUGGCCCAGAGUGUGGUCUACGCCGACCUGAAGUUCGCGGCGCGGCCCCCAUCCACCGUGCCCGACGACGAUGACAGCCCGUACGAGAACGUGCCGCUGGGGCCGGUGGCAGCCGCGCCCAGCCCAGGGCGCUGGAGCCGGCGAUGGCACGUCCCCACGGCGCUGCUGGUAGCCACCCUGCUCCUGCUGCUGCUGCUGCUGGUGGCCGUCGUGGCCCUGGGGGCUUGCCACUGGCAGGUCACCCGCAGCCUGCAGGACUCCUCCCGUGAGCACAGAGCCGAGCAGGGCCGCCUGUCGCAGGAGCUGAGGGCGCAGGAGCAGAGCCUGGAGCAGGCACAGCUGGAGCUGGCAUGGGCCAGGGAAGAGCUGCAACGAGCGUGGCGCCAGGGCAACGUCAGCCAGCUGGAGCUGAAAAGCAGGAAUGCUGAGCUGGGGCAUACCCAGCAGGAGCUGGCUGCGUUGCAGGAGAAGAUGCAGGAGGUGCAGGGGAGGCUCAACACCAGCGAGAGAACUGUGAGCAGCCUGCGUGCCUGCGUGAACACAGAAUGCUGCCCCUGGGGCUGGGUGCUCUUCAAGAGCAAGUGUCUCUACAUCUCGGCGACAAACAAGACCUGGGAGCAGAGCCAGGAAGACUGUGAGGGGAGAUCUGCUCGACUGCUGGUCCAGGAUGAGUGGACACCACUGACAGUGCCGAAUUUUGUGCAGGCGUCUAAGGCACACUACUGGAUUGGAGGAAGACCUUUCUAUGUGGCAAGGAGAUCUAUGUGGAAGGACAGCAAACAUCCUUCGAAACGUCAUAUUCCAGACUGCUGGUCACUAGUUGAUGGGGAAAUGUGGAAUAAGCGGUGUGACAGUCCCAACCCGUGGAUCUGCGAGAAAUCCCCAAAGCUGAGCAUAGCAUCUGAGACUCAACCUCCUUUUCUGGCCAAGGACUGAGUGCUGCCACCCCCACUCCAUCCCUGGACUCAGGAACAGGACCUGGGUGUGCACCUGAGACC